CUGACAGGCGUCUUCCGGGUUGUCGGUCGGUGUUUACUUUCGGGGCGGCCCAGUUUUCUGUCUUCUGCGGCUUAAAUCGAGUGGGUGCUGUGUGGAGCAGCCAUGAACGCCUCCGACAGUGACGACGACUCCUAUAACGAGAGAACAGCGUUGGUCCCGUCUGAGAAUCCGGUGGUUCCAUCCUACAGACCGGAUCCAGACCUCAACCCCCCCAACGACACGGCGUCCAAAAGGCCCGGGGUAAGCAGGAGAGCGGGUCCGGCUGCCGUGGACGGCGGCGGCGGCGGCGGCUCAGACCCGGAGGUGGACGCAGACGACGAGGAGCUGACUCUGAAGUACGGAGCCAAGCACGUCAUCAUGCUGUUCAUCCCCGUCACCCUCUGCAUGGUGGUGGUGGUCGCCACCAUCAAGUCGGUCAGCUUCUACACCGAGAAGACCGACCAGCAGCUGAUCUACACGCCGUUCACGGAGAACACCCCGUCUGUCGGCCGCCGGCUCCUCAACUCCGUCCUCAACACCAUCAUCAUGAUCAGCGUCAUCGUGGUCAUGACCAUCUUCCUGGUCGUCCUCUACAAGUAUCGCUGCUACAAGUUCAUCCACGGCUGGCUCAUCCUGUCCUCCCUCAUGCUGCUCUUCUGGUUCAGCUUCAUGUACCUGGGGGAAGUGUUUAAGACGUACAACCUGGCGGUGGACUACCCGACGGUGGGGGUGAUCAUCUGGAACUUUGGGGCGGUGGGGAUGAUCUGUAUCCACUGGAAGGGCCCCCUCCAGCUGCAGCAGGCCUACCUGAUCCUCAUCAGCGCCCUCAUGGCCCUCGUCUUCAUCAAAUACCUGCCCGAGUGGUCGGCGUGGGUCAUCCUGGGAGCCAUCUCCAUCUAUGACCUGGUGGCUGUCCUGUCACCUAAAGGUCCUCUCAGGAUGUUGGUGGAGACGGCUCAGGAACGCAACGAGCCCAUCUUCCCCGCCCUCAUCUACUCCUCUGCCAUGAUGUGGACGGUGGGGAUGGCGAGUCCGAUGGACGCUCAGCACUCCGGACAGGAAACAGACGAGGAGGCGGAGCAGAGCAGCGGGGGGGCGGAGCCUGAGAGUCGACAGUCCCGGCCGUUUCCAGAAGACGACCUGGAGGAGGACAGAGGGGUGAAGCUCGGCCUCGGCGAUUUCAUCUUUUACAGCGUUCUGGUUGGAAAGGCUGCAGCGACCGGCGGAGACUGGAACACGACGCUCGCCUGCUUCGUCGCCAUUCUUAUCGGUCUGUGCCUGACUCUGCUGCUGUUGGCCAUCUUUAAGAAGGCUCUGCCGGCGCUGCCCAUCUCCAUCACCUUCGGCUUGGUCUUCUACUUCUCCACAGACUUCCUGGUUCAGCCCUUCAUGGACAACCUGGCUGCUCACCAGUUUUACAUCUGACAGAAAGCCACGCCCCCUCCUCUUCCUCGUGAUCCUGCAGGACCGCUGCCGUCUGAUGAUGCACGCACAAAGACUACUUCACGUGCAGGUCUUCUAUGAGUCUCUCAGUCUGUUUGGGGAACGUGGUGCAUUCACCAAACCACAGGAAGUGAUGUAAUGCAGACAGAAGAAGCUGCGUGGGUUCAGAUGGUGAUGGUGGCAGCAGGAUACCUGGCUGUUUUUGCUCAGGUGUGUUUCUGAUCACCUGCUGACUAAUAGUGUAAAGAUCCGCCUUAGAACCUGUAACUCAUCAUGUCUGUUUCGGUUUCUGAGGGGGCGUAACAUCCGCAGCGUGUGAUUGGUUGACACACCUGUCAGUCAAACAUUCCUGUAAAGAUUCUCCGGUUCUGCAGGGCCAAUUUAUCUCGUGCAGCAGAUGUUUUUGUUCACUCCAUUUCCUGUUUUGUCUUUUAACUUCCUGUCAGUGUUGCCGGCUUCAGUAAACACAAGUCGGAGGCAUCGGUCCUGAUUGGUUCACACAGACGCAUCCACGUGAAUGAGGUCACGUGACCUGACACCACAUCCACCACAGGUGAAGUGGUUGAUUAGCUACAGAGUUAACUAGCUUCCAGCUAGCUGAACGAGCUAAUCCUGCGUCAGAAGAGCAGCUUUGUGUUUCCAUGUUGAGUUCUGAUCCGUACAGAUGCAGAUUAUUAAUGUUUAACCCCGAAGCUUUUUGAUUUGUUAAGCUGAUUUAUAAACUUCCAAACUACAUAAUUAACUAUUAAUUAAUAAUCACAGCAUGAAACAGUAAAACGUUUGUGAGGUCGACGUGACACUAUUGAACCACAUCAACAUGAAAACUUCAACAUUGAUGUUGUUUUCUAAGCAGGUUUCAGAGUUUAGUUCAGGACGUCUGAGCUGGUCAGAUUUUAUUAAAACACAUUAAAACAUGUUGUUCUGUUGACACGUUAGAAAAACACAAAUAUCAGCUGAAACCUCACGUGUUCGAUGAAAUGCAGGUAAAGCUGAUGAAGAGCAGCAGGAGUCAGACUACUCAACACAUUCCCACUUCCUGUGCAGACAGGAAGUUAAAAGACAAACUGUUGAGCGUGAGAUGAAGCUGAACAUUUCUUCAGUGGAUCAACAGUUUGUACAUUUAACGUUGGUGAUGAGAUGUUUUUAUUCGAAACACAGUUGGAUGUUUUACAGUUUUUUAAGGUGGAUUUUUCUCACAGAAGCUUCUUAUUUUUUAAAAAAGGCAGACGGAGGACAGACGUCUCCAACAAGGACUCAUUUAAACUAAGAUUAGAGUUAAUGAAGGUUUAAUUCAACUUAAACCGGGUCUAAACUAAGAAAUUCAGCCCUGGUUUAAACAGAACCAGCAUUGGUUACACCUAAAGGAAUAAAACGUGUCGUCAGAAUGUUCGUUAACGGUUAACGGCAUCGUUAACGGAUCUGAUCCCGGUUUAAAGAACAUUAAUCUGAGAUUUAAAGAACCGUUUACAGGAGUUGCAGCGGUUGGCUGAUUAAUUGAUCACUGGACUGACAGAUAUUUAAUAAUGAGAACUUCUGUUCAUGAAGCUUAGUAAAGUAAAUGAAGCGUCUUUGUUUGGGCUCAAUUCGUCUCGUUUUUCACUGUUUCUGACAUUUUCUAGUUUAAUCAAGAAAAUAAUCAUCACAUUUAUUGAUUUUCUUUUUUUCUGUUUUAGACAGAUUUCUGCUAGUUAAAGUUUCCUUUCAGCCAAAUCACAAAUGAACCUUUUCCAGUGUUCAGUGACCCUGCAGGGAAAAACGCUUUUCAGGAGCGACGACCACGUUCAGCCAAUCGGCUUUCAGCAGGACGGCUGUCAGGUCUGAGUUUCAGGUGGAUCUUCCUCAGUGUUUCAGGUGAUUUUGAUUGGAACUGACUCUGGUAACAGGUAACACCUGCAGGGGAUUCUGGGUAAGGAGGGAUGGGGUGAUUUGGGUGAACUGGGGGCUGAUUCAGUAUUUGAACUGAUACUUGCUGUUUUAUUUCUCAUGCUGUGCAAUAAAGUCAAACUGUUAAACUGC